AUGCCGCCUCUGUACCAACGCCCGCACCGCGCCCUGCUGCUGCUGCCGCCUGCCCCGACGCCCGCCACCUAUGCGUCGCUGAAGGCUGCAUACAGCGCGCCCCUCGCCACCGUGCUGCGCGAGCUGCGACGGGCCCGCGAGCCGGCCCUGCUCGAGAUUGCCCUGGCCUGUCCGCAUCUGUACGGCCGUCUCGAGGAAGCACGCGGACCGCUCUACGACGUCACACAGCAGCUGGUCGCUGAUCUCUACAAGCUGAUAUGCAUCGUCGCAGCCAAGGAUGCAAUUGACACAGAGGACGCUGAGGGCAUCGACGCACGCGUCCUACUGGUGGCGCACCCCCGGGACAGCAAGCUCCCAAACGCGCCGCGAGACUCUACGCCCGAGCAAGAGCUGCAGGGCCCGGCGAUCGACCUUCAAACACUCGCCAAGAGCGCCAGAGACUGGAACUGUGUAUACUCGGUGGAGAGUGAGGAGGGCGAGCGGUUAUUGAAGAGUUUCCUGACUUUGGCCAAAAACCACAAAGUGUCCAAGGUCCGGGGCGGCGUGGUGCUCAAUGCCAGCACCUCUGUCGAGGCCGCAACCACUCAGUUCGCAGACUCGAUGAAGCAUCUCUCCGUUGCUGUAGGAGGCACGUUCGAUCAUCUUCACAUUGGCCACAAGCUACUGCUCACCAUGUUCGCCUUUGUGCUGGGCCGCCGGCAGCGAACAGAGAGUCCCAGCGUUCUUACGGUUGGAAUUACUGGCGACGCUCUCCUCGUGAACAAGAAGUUCGCUGACCAGCUCGAGAGCUGGAAAGCUCGCCAGGAGUCUACACACGACUUCGUACACUCCAUCGUCUAUUUUGGUCAGCCCGACGAUGGCCGUAUUCAGAUGCAGGAGGUCAACGAGCCAGGGCCCAACGGUCACGCCGUACAUGUCAGCUAUCCAUUUGGCCUGACCAUCAAAUAUGUUGAGAUCUCGGAUCCCUUCGGGCCUACCAUCACCGACAAGGACAUCACAGCGCUGGCACUCUCUCUCGAAACCCGAGGCGGAGGCGCUGCCGUCAACGAGAAGCGCAAGGAGCAAGGAUGGGAUCCACUUGAGGUCUAUGAAGUGGCAGUCCUCGACGCCAGCGAAGAAGGCAGCGUGGACGAGACGUUUCAGAGCAAGUUGAGCAGCACAGAGAUUCGUCGGAAACGAAGUGAGCUCAUCAAGCCGAGAGCGAAGGCGUGA